AUGAAAUUUUGUUUUAGAAAUGCCCUUUUAUUCCUUCUUCUUAUUUUACUUGGGCGAUCAUCAAAUGUUAUAGAACAUCCAAAUGAAAGAAUUCUUCAGGAUACUAGUGAAGAAAAUGCUAAAAAUAACGAUUGGGAACCUAUUCGAAUAUAAUAUAAAAUAGCAUAACUUUACUAUGAAUAUGAGUACUAGAAGUUUUUCUAAAAAUUAUUUUCAGUUGCUUAGACAUUUAUAACUAGAUAUUUCUUAGUAUAAAGAUUGACAGAAGUUAUUACAUUUGAUGACACUGAUGAUAAAUAUUUUGAUUCUGAAUAAAUUUCAAUUCAAUAUUUGUCAGAAUCAUUUGAAACAGACCUUGUAUAAAUUAAUAAUAUAUUUCCAUAGCUAAUUUUUGUUUAAAUAUAUGAUGAUUCAACAACAAAUGUUAAAGCUAGUUCAGAGUAUAUUAAAACUUAUUCAAAAACCUAAAGACCAACUGUGGGCAUUAUAAAGUGGAAUAUUUACUCUACUAACUUAAAAAAUAUGACUAACUCUGAAUUUGAAUUAAAUAUGCAAAGAUUAAUUGCAACUACAAUGUAUAUUAUGGGUUUCACACCUAAAGCAUUUUAAACUUAUUUUGAUAGCUCAAUUAAUGUAAAAUAUUCUAAUCCUUCCAUUACUAUAAAUAAUAUUACUUACUUAUCAACUCCAAGAAUAAAAAAAAUAAUAUAAUAACACUUUAAGUGUGAUACUGUCAAAGGUGCAUAGCUUGAAAAUGAUGGAGGAAACUCUUAUGCAAAAAACCAUUUAGAAAGAAGUAUAUUUUAUAAUGAAAUUUUAACAAGUGCAACAAUGGAAGGGAAUAUGAUUAUAUCUGAUUUUACUUUUUCAAUAUUUUAAGAUACUGGGUAUUUUAUUCUUAUAAUUAGUUUUUAUAAUUUGAUGCAAUAUUCACCAGAUAAAGUGCUUUGGGGAAAAGGCAAAGGAUGCGAUUUUUUACAGAAAAGAUGUUAUGGUGAUUUUUAAGAAUUUUGCAAUGUAGAAAAUGAAGAAGGAUGUUCCUUUUUAAAUACUGGAUAUUCAAAUUGCAAAUAAGAUGAUUUUAGUGAUUAAUGCAAAUAUUUUUAAAUCAAAUAAGAUUAUGAUUGUAGAGAUUCAACAUCUGGAGGAGAUGAAGCUAAAGAAACAUUUUAGCAUUUUGGAUCUGAUAGUAUGUGUAUUGUUGGGUCAAUAAGUGAGAAUUAUAGUGUAGCCAAUAAAUAAAAAUUUAGUUGUUUUUAAUAUCUGUGCGAUGCCAAUAAUCAAUUAACUCUAAUUAUUAAUUCAAAAUCUUUUAAUUGCUUAUCAUAAUAAACUAUAAAAAUUGAUUAAUAUUUUGGAUAAGUAUCAUGUCCAAAAAACCCUGAAGAGUUUUGCAGAUCCUAAGAUGAAUGUAUGGGUUAAUGCAAUUAAAGAGGAUAUUGUUUAAAUAAAAUGGUAAAUACCACUAUUAAAUUUAUAGUGUAUUUGCUCAUUAGGUUAUUCAGGUAAAGGGUGUUAGGAAAAUUGUUCAAAAUAUAGACACAAUGCUGAAUGCUAUGAUAAAUGCCCAUCAAAAACAUAUCCAAUAGAAGCAAUUUAAUAUUGUGUUGGCUGUCCUGGAGUAAAUAUAAUAAUAUUUUACAUAGAAUUGUCAAGAUUGUUCAAGCUAUAAUAAGUGCAAAAUUUGUUUACCAGGAUAUAAACUAAAUUCAAUAGGAUUUUGUGAUAUUUUAUAUAAUUAUGAGGUGCCAGAGGAGGAGAGUGAAGAAGAAAGCCUACCAACUAAUGUUUAAGAGGACGAACAGUACUUGAUUUUGGAAUUCACUUUCGAAUAGAAUAAUGCAUAUAUUUUUGGGGCAUCAUUAGCCUUUUUAACAUUAUUAUGA